AUGUUAAAUAUAGCUAAGAAUAUGUUAGUAGAAGCACAAGAAAGACAAAAGACAAAUAUGAAUAAAAGAAGACAGUUUUGUAAGCUAAAAGAGGAGAAGAAGGAGCCUCUUAAAAAUCUUGAAAAUUGUGGGUGGUUAGUUGAUGACUUUAAAAAGAAAUUAGAUUUAUCUUUAAGUAGUGAAAAGUAUAGAGAAAUAGAUUAUCUCAAGUGUAAUUCGUAUAACGAUUGUGAUUCGUGUGAUGAAUGUAACCUGUAUAAUGAUCAUGAUGAUCAUGAUAAUCAUGAUAAUUGUAGCAAUGAUUAUAAUGAUCAUAAUGAUCAUGACAAACAUGAACUGUAA